AUGGUUUGGGGAAUGGCUGCAGCCACCUCAAGUUCCUAUCUGAUAAGUAACAGGAUUUUAUCAUCCGGCUCGGUGAUCCAGUCGGAGCGCCGGGGCGGUGGCAUGCAGCCGGGCAGCACCGCCGUGACCACCGCGGUGUCCGGCGGGUACCGGGGGGACUCCUCCGUCAAGAUGGUCCAGAGUGACUUCAUGCAGGGCGCUAUGACGGCCAGCAACGGGGGGCACAUGUUAAGCCAUGCCCACCAGUGGGUGACAUCGCUGCCGCACGCCGCAGCCGCAGCAGCCGCGGCCGCAGUGGCAGCAGCCUCGGAAGCCGGCAACUCUCCUUGGUCCUCCAGCUCCCAGCCGCAAGACGUGAAGAGGAACACGGUCAGGGACGACCUCCACCCGGGCUCCUCCCUGCACCACAGGUCGCCGCAUCUCGCAUCCCAUCAUCAGACGCACCAGGGCAGUUGGGGAGGCACCUCGGCGGCGCACAUCAGCAUCACGGAGGCGCAGCAGCAGCAGCAGCAGCCGCAGCCGCAGCCGCCGCUCCUCUACUCCCAACCCGGCGGCUUCUCUGUGAACGGCAUGCUCGGCUCGCAAGCCGGACAGAGCCUCAUGCACGGGGGGCUGGUGCGCGCGGAAUCCCCGGACCUGGACCACGGAAGCCACCACAACCACCAUCACCACCACCACCACCACCAUCACAACCACCACCAGCAGCACCAGCAGCAUCAGCACCAGAUUCACCCGGACCCGCACUCCGACGAGGACACCCCGACCUCGGACGACUUGGAGCAUUUUGCCAAACAGUUCAAGCAGCGGCGCAUCAAGUUGGGCUUCACGCAGGCGGACGUGGGUUUGGCUUUGGGGACCCUGUACGGCAACGUCUUCUCGCAGACCACCAUAUGCAGGUUUGAAGCCCUCCAGUUAAGCUUUAAGAACAUGUGCAAGCUUAAGCCCCUGCUGAACAAAUGGCUGGAGGAGGCAGAUUCGACGACGGGGAGCCCCACCAGCAUCGAUAAGAUCGCGGCGCAGGGCAGGAAGAGGAAGAAGCGCACCUCCAUCGAGGUGAGCGUAAAAGGCGCACUGGAGAGCCACUUUCUCAAGUGUCCCAAACCCUCCGCGCAGGAGAUCAAUUCCCUGGCGGAGUCGCUGCAUCUGGAGAAGGAGGUGGUCCGGGUCUGGUUCUGCAACCGGAGGCAGAAGGAGAAGCGCAUGACGCCGCCCGGACUCCCACACACGCCGGAGGACGCGUAUUCACAGGUGGGCAACAUGGGCCCCGACACCCCGUCCCCUUCCAUAGACUGUAAGCGAAUGUACAGCGACACGUGA